CUGCCAUCAGUGCUUCUCUCACCGGGGUUGAAGUUGAGCAUCUCCCCCUUCACUGGGAAAUUGGAGAGCAGAGACUUCUUUCUCAUUACCAGAAGCCAUUGGUUCGUAGAGAAGAUGAUAGAUACGUCUCCAUUCUCUUCGUUGGACCACGCAACCUCCUUUGCAAGGCAGUUAUGGUUCAAAGAGUCCUGUAUACAAUCAUGGUUGGAUGCGUUCUCUGGACAGAGUCACGUUUAUCGAGCCAUUAGUCAUGCACCGGGUUCAAUGAUGAGGGAAAUGCUUCAAUGGGACCGAAAAUACCGGGCUAAAUUUGGGUUUGAGUUUAGAACAAGUACGGAAACGUGGUGCUCACAGGAAAUACUUGACGAGGUGAAGUCACGCUAUGAGAACACUCUUGUCGUUGAACUAGAUAUUGCAGCAUGGGAGGAAUUCAAACUCAUAGCACAUGGCCUUGAGCGACUAUGGGAUAGAAUGUCUCGAGACAAUAUACAAAAGGAAUCUGAAGACCCGGUGGAGGUGGUUCCAGAUUCGUUGGAAGGAGAGAAUGUUGUCUCCUCCGAUAUCUCUGAGGGCAAAGAUUCUGCUGGACGAAAGGCUUCGAUGCUGUCCUACGACCUCAAUAGAACACCCGAAGAGAAUGAAGAUCCUUAUAGUGGAAUGUCUCCCGAGAAGAAGAAUGCGUGGCACUUAGCUAUGUGGGCAACAAGAUACUUGAAUCCUUAAGGGAAAAGCUUUGGUUUAGGUGAAGAACUUCAAGGCCGGUUGCAUAUGAUAGCCGUGACAAAACUAUGCAAUAUUAAUUAAGGAGAAUAUAUUUUCAUAACUAAUUUAUCAUGGCACUGUCUGAUAUUUAAUUUUUUAUGUAGUUCUUGUUUUAAAGAUUUUAGCCAUUGGUUAAUUUACUAUACAUGCACUGUAACAAUAUCAUGGAGUAUGGAUGACUCAUUGCUAAUAAGUAUGUUAGUGAUACUUAUCAGAUAUAUACUUACUAAACUUGCUCACGACAA